GGGACUUCCGGCAGCUUCUUAGCAACGGACAUUUUGUGGGUUGUUACGAGGAUCUACGGCAGUCAGGGGUCCUGAAUACUUGGUCAGGCUGCAGGUACAGGAAUCGGGAAGGCACAUUUCGAGGUGUCCCUACUGCACAGAGAGGAGUUGGCAGCUCGGCUGUGGGGACCCCCGCCGGUGACCCCGCGGUGGGGGCAGGACUUGGGUUGGUGGUGGCCGCACCCAUGACCUAGACGCCCACUUCUGCCCUGCUCUGCUCACAAGCCCCGAUGGCAGCGGCAUUGCUGAGGGACCUGGCACAGGGCUGUGUGGCCUCUGAGGAUGUGUUUGUGUACUUCUCCCGGGAAGAGUGGAGGCUCCUGGAUGAGGCUCAGAGGCUCCUGUACCAGGAUGUGAUGCUGGAGAACUUGGCGCUUUUAGCCUCACUGGGAAUUGCGUCCUCCAGGUCCCACUUAGUCAUGCAGCUGGCGCAAGGGGAGGAGCCCUGGAUGCCUGACCAAGUGGAUCUGAGUCCAGCAGCAGCAGGAGAGGCUCAGAAGGGAUCUGGGCCUGGCUGUUGGUGUGGAGUGGACAGUAAAGAUACAUCCUCCGAGCAGACUGUUUCCUCAGAAGGAGUGUCGCAGGUCAGGACUCCUGUGGCAGGCAUGAACACCCACCCACAUGACAUGUCUGGCCCAGUAUUGAAAGACAGGUCACUCCUGACCGAUUACCAGAGGGGAGAAGCCAGGCAUCAGCCACUCACCUGCGGGGCGUGUGGGGAGCAGUUCUGGCCCAGUGAUAACUGUCCUCAGCACCAGGAGCAGCGGAGUGCAGAGAGGCCCUUCAGGAAGGACGAGGGCAGGGACUCCCUGAAAAGCUGCAGAACCUACGUGCCAGAGAUCUGCACAUAUGGUGCAGGUGGAGUGGGCUUCCCAGCCACCUCUGGCCUUCCUCAGCACCAGGUUCCCCCUAUUAAGAUGAAACCCCACAAGAGUACUGAGCUCCUGGGAGUCCUUCACACUGGACAGAGGCAUCACAAGUGCAGUGAGUGUGGGAAGGUGUUCACCCGCAGAGACACACUUACUCAGCACCAGAGAGUCCACACUGGAGAAAGACCUUAUGAGUGCAGCACAUGUGGCAAGUUCUUUAGGCAAAGCUGUGACCUUUUUAAACAUGAGACAAUACACACUGGCGAAAGGCCUUACAAGUGCAGCGAUUGUGGGAAAUUCUUUAGACAAGUCUCUGGCCUUAUUGAACACAGGAGAGUUCACACGGGUGAAAGGCUCUAUCAGUGCGGUAACUGUGGAAAAUUCUUUAGUAGUAAGUCUAACCUCGUUAGACACCAGGAAGUCCACACAGGAGCAAGGCCUUAUAUGUGCAGUGAAUGUGGGAAGGAGUUCACCCGCAAACACACACUUGUUCUGCACCAGAGAACUCACACUGGAGAAAAGCCUUAUGAGUGCAGCGAAUGUGGGAAAGCCUUCAGCCAAAGCUCCCACCUUAAUGUCCAUUGGAGAAUUCACAGCAAUGAUUAUGAGUGCAGCAAAUGUGGGAAAGCAUUUAGCUGCAUCUCCAAACUCAUUCAGCACCAGAAAGUCCACUCUGGAGAAAACCCUUACGAGUGCAGCAAAUGUGGGAAAGCCUUUACUCAAAGGCCAAACCUUGUUCGGCACUGGAAGAUUCAUACUGGAGUACGGCCUUAUGUGUGCAGCGAAUGUGGGAAAGAGUUUAACCGCAAACACACACUUAUUCUCCAUCAGAAGAUUCACACUGGCAAAAAAUCUUAAGGCUACAGCAAAUUUGGAAAGUCCUUUAGCCGACACUCCCUACUUAUGGCAUGGUGGAGAAUUCCUAGCAGUAUUAUGAGUGCCCAGAUAUAAGAAAGCCUUUACCCAAAGACCAAAUCUUACUCAGCACCGGGAAGUCUGCACUGGGCAGAGGUCUUAGCAGUACAAGGGAUGUGCUGUCCCGCUGUGCAGCCUAACAGCACUCGCCGAGGUGAUGCUCUGCGAGCAGGCACUAUGAGGGAGCCAUCACGGAGGAGUAGAACCCCAUACCCGUGAGCACCCACCCCUGGGAGAUUCCCUAUGAGUACACAGACGUGAGGUCCUUCCAGGAGCCGUCUUGCACAUCCUAGACCACGUGCUUCUGCCGUUGGCGGAAUCCAUCCCACUGCUACCAUCUGGCAAAGUCUCACAGUCUGUGGCAGUCGUUCCAGCACACAUGGCGGGCCAAACUCUGCUGUUGGUUCAGUCCCUGGCAGUGGCCUAUGGGUGUCCCCGUGUCCUCCCUUUUGAGUGGUUUGUGCAUGGAAAGAAUCAGCGCACAAGGUGGGUUCUCAAGCUUGCCCAGGUUUGCCUUUGUGGACUCUGGUCUCAUGUGACACUUGCAGUGGAUGUAUAGUCUCCACUAUACCCAGCCCUUGAACUGCGUGCCUCACUGCUCAUGUUUGUGCAAUAAUAAAGUCCUUAUUCUCUGAGCUGCUUUUAAUCUUGAAGGUUCUGAUCAUGAGGAGUGUUUUGAGGACACAGUUGUGUUCUACCAGCCUGAAAGGAUAAGCGUAUUUUGUGGGAAUGCCCAGAUAUUUAUGUCACAGAGAGGACAGUAUGAUGGCAGAGAGUGGUCCUCACUCUGGUUUUGGCUGAAUUUGCAUCAUUACCUGAGGCCUAGGCAACAUCGUAGAGCUUUGUGAAAUGUUUCCUGUGACCUAGAUGCUAGUUUUAUUUGUGGGUCCAUAAAUAACUGAGGAAGGGCAGGUGUCAUAACCUCCAGUGCCUCUGGGAGUGGUGUGAGCCUGCCGCCUUCUUCCAUGGAAUGUUCCACAUUCCCAAGCACUGUUAAGAGGAAGCUGGCCUCUGUUCAGUAGGCGGAUGUCACUGGCUGGAAGGCCUUCAGGAGCUAAACGGGAAAUGAAUUGAUACAGAAGCACUAUGUGUGAUUGAUAUGGAGUUGGGGAGAUGACAGACUAGAGGGAGGUGCCCCCUGAAAGGUAGCUGCCUAGAUAUCCCCACCCUGCUGUGGCACAGGAUCAGAGGGCAAAGAAAUCUAUGGAUUCAGAGUUACGUCUCUCCUAUGGCAAAGGUCACCUGAAGGAUAAAGAUGCUGGAUUUGUGGAUUCCCUUAGACUCGGGAUGGUCCAGGUCAAGGCUGUUGCUGUACAGGCAGGAAAACAGGGUCAGAGAAGGGAGAGCCAGGAUUGCAGGGGUAUGUCUUUCAUGAUUUAUCCAGUGUUCUUGGUGAUUCAUGCAGAAAUGGUUUUCACUGGGCAUCAAUUUUUGCUGCUACUGAGGCAGGGCCACAUCUCCCAAGGCGUGAAGAGAGAGAUGGUGCAGUAAACAGUAGCGUUGACUAGGACUUAAUUUGUCCUUUUCCUGUUUUCUUAAGGUGAACUUAAUUUGAAGUGUUAUUGUGAAGAUUAAGUGAACUUAAUCUUAAGGUGUUAUUAAUUUGAAAAGUACCCUCUAAUAUAGUCAUUUAUUAUUUAAGUUUCCCUAUAAUCUAUAUUACCAAUAUCUCACAAACAUUGAUAUAUUGUACAUUGGUUUCAAAUUGGGCUGAAAAAAUUCUAGGUUUUUCUCAGGGACUUCUGGAUAAAUGGCUUUUUACACAUUAUUAAGAUCAGGACAUUGGGAUUUAUUAUGUGUUGUUUAAAAUUCAAAAAUCCCAUGAUAACACCUAGGGCCAUUUUGGUUUCCAGUUAACAUAAUGGUUAGUGGUCUGGCUUGAUGGUUACCGGAAGGGCAUAAAAAUCCCUGCUGGUGAUUCCCAGUAAAGAAAACUAAUCAGCCCACCGUACAUCAGGCAUCUUAACUCUUAGGUAGGUCAGCAAUGGCCAGAAGUAGGGUAAAAGAGGUGUGGUCUCUGGAGAAUCUGUGGCCAGAAAUUAACUCUUUUUAUUGAGGCACUUAUGUACCAGGCAAUACUUUAUUCAAUGAUAAAUAUGCACAAUGUAUAUGUAUAUCAAAACAUUAAGUUGUAAAGCUUAAAUACAUAUAAUUUUGUCAAUAAAGCCAGAAAAAAAAAGAGAAAUACAAAAUGUUUUGAAUAGCUGAAGGAGAGCAUGGAUUAUACUUAAGAACAAGGCUUUUAAUAUAAUGAACAUUAUAUUGAACAUUAUAAUAAACAUUUUUCAUUUCACAUGUGA